UAGAACCAGGUAACAACAGGCGGUCUUAUCGCUAAAAAGCGAUCUCUUCCAGACAACCUUUAGGUAGCAGGAAAUUUAGAACUCAUACAAAAGUCAACAGGUAGCUAAAUAUGGAGACUAUUAAAUUUAACACAAACACACAUAAAAAAAAAAACAAAACAAUACCUAAUAUACUAAUAAAUAUACAAUAUAAUAUAAUAUAUAUUUAUACUUACACAUAUACAAUAUAUAAAAUGGCAACUUAAGGUAGAGAUAAAAAGUAUAGUUUCAGCUGAUUUUUGAAAAUGGGGAGAGAUUUAGCUAAUCUUAAUUCUACUGGCAAAGCAUUCCAUAACCGAACAGCCCGGAAGGUAAAAGAGCUAUUAUAAAAUUUUGAAGUAGAUAAGGGAGGAGCAAGAAUAUGAGUCUGAGAACAUCUGAUAGAAGAGAGAUACUUGAAACGCUCUUUGAGAUAAGGUGGUGUAGCAGGGUUAAAGAGAAUGCCAUAAAGGAGGGCAAGAACAUGAGAGUCACGGCGAAGACAAAUAGGAAGCCACUUGAGCUGAGAACGAAACUGAGAAACAUGGUCAUAUUUGCGCAAGCCAAAUAUAAACCUUAUACAGAGAUUCUGGAGGCGCUCAAGCUUAUUCAGCUGAUCCUGCGUAAGGUCAAGAUAGCAAAUGUCAGCAUAAUCUAAUAUAGGCAGUAAGAGAGAUUGAGCUAGCGCAAUUGCUGUAAGUACCUACUUUAUCGAUUUAUUUUAAAACAAAGUAUUCAAUUAGUGGUGCGUUAUUAAUUGAAUCUACCUACCAGCUACAUAAGUAGUUAAGGACUCCUUACAUUAUGCCCAUAAAAGUGUAAGUAUAAAAUAUCAAUACCUACUCGGGAAAAGGGAUGCUGUGCCAUGGCAGUGCCUUUACUUGCUUUCGGCGGGACUAUGAAGCUGUGGAUUGUUGUUGAAAAACAUAAGUACUUAUUGAAUAGGUAUAAUAUAAUGAACAUUUUAGUCAAAAUCAAAUUUAUUUGUUUCAGAAAAGUCAAAGAACAGAACAGCUAGAUUCAUGCUUAAAACUCACAUGUAUUAUUGGUAUUUCUGAUGAAAAUAAUAUGAAACAUUUUACUAAUCAUUUCAAUGUUAAUGAUAUGACUACUGUACCCCUAGUGUAAUUUUAGUCGAUAGUGAAACGUGACGUACGCGUUUGCGUUAAGUCUCAUUUUGUAUGGGUUUUUGAACAGCGCGCCAAGCGGGACGUUUUGGAAAGUCAAAAAUCUCAUACAAAAUGACACUUAACGCAAACGCGUACGUCACGUUUCGCUGUCGAAAAUAUUUACACUAGGGGUACUGAAUUAUUAAAAUUUGAAUGCAACGGUAUGGGAACACCCCUUGUAUAUCAUUGAACCGUAAAUAGGCUGAAGAUGGGAAAGGUAAAGUGAAAGUAUCUUGUCAAGAAACAGAUCUUUUUCUUUUCCCGAGCCUAUUUCCCAUGUCUUUUGGGGUCGGCCCUUGUCGGAUCUGUUAUUUAUAAACAGCUCAGCUGAGGGGUUGACUGUUCAAGAAAACUCCUGCUUCACGUUUACUUAUUUUAAUUUCUUAUUUUACAUGAUCUAAGUAGGUAUGUAUGAGACGGUAUUUGAGAGCCGUGUGUGGUUUGCGCGGUGAGUGGUCGCCGCGCUCCAGACGUUAUACUUCGCAGUUUUCACCCCUCUGGAACUGGUUUGACCGCCUCAAGGGCCUAUUUUAGAUAUAAGCUAGUUAUAAUAAUCAUUUGUAUAUAUCCAUUAUGUAUAUUGUUAUUGUAAAUAAAUAUACAUAUGUUGCAUUUGAAAUUUAAAUGACAUAAUCGGUCGGGAGUCGACCGCCUACCACUCGCAAGGGUUAUAACGAUAUUUUUUUAAGUCGGUUACCAAUAGGUUGGUAGGUAUGGUACGAGCGAAUUGAGCUUUAUGAUGUGAGUUGUUAAUGAUAUUGAACGAAGUACCUAAUGUUUUGUUUCCAAAUACCUAUACAGGCUAAUCCCAACGUACAUUCAUACAUUGACAUAGAAUGAUAUUUACAGCACAUAUGGUGCUACUUUACCGCACUAGUGUGAGAAUUAGCACAUUACGAUACUGUGACGAAAAUUUAAAGGGCUAUAUUUAUUGUAAAAUGUUGUAUACGAUACAUGUGCGAAUAGACAAUUCGCAUAUUGUGUCGAUUUAAAACACUCCUUUCGGUCGUGUUUUAAUUUAUCCUCACUCGUUGCGAAGUUCCUAUUUUUCGCACUCGUAUCAUAUUAUUUACCUACUUAUCGUGCGUCUUGCCCACGUAAAUACAUGUACAUGUACCUACGUAUAAGUUCCUACCAGCGAAAUGCAUUCUGAUGUCAGUGUACGUUCGAAUUGACCUGCUAGCCGCAAUGAAAUGUGUAGCCCUAAGUAAUUUUUUCCUUUCUUACGUCACUUACUACCAUUCCUCCAAAUUGUCGGUACCUGGUCUACAUUUGUCCUACGUUUGACCUUUUUAUUAUCUUUCUAUUAAGUCAUUAGUGGCAAUCAUCCAAUAAUUUGAGGCAAUAAUAAUUACAACUUAUAUUAUCCUAAAAUGAGGUAGCUGUGAUAAGCACUAAUUCACAUCAUAUUUAUUGAGCUAAACGGGACUCGACGAAAUCUACUAAGUACCUAUAAAUCAAUGAAACGAUAAUAGAGAGCUACACGUUAUGGAUUAAUAAAGUGUUUAUCUAUCAUCCGUAACAAUGUAUCUGUGAUGUGACAAGUUUAAGUUUGGUUGUGCUCGCCCGGGGACAGGGCGCCGGCGGCGGCGGCGGCGGCGCGCGGCGCAGUGCGGCGCUAUCGAGCGGCCGGGCGGGGCGGCGAGCGGCAGUCGCGCGCGGCGCCCCACGGCCAUGGGUGGCGCGCUGCUGCUCGCUCUGCUGGCGGCCGCGCGGGCCGGCGAGCCCAACACCACCAUCCUCGACUACGACGCCUCGCCCGCCUACGAGCCCCGGCCCACUGAGCACGAGGAGAGAGCCCCUCUGUUCCCCACCGACCUCUUCACGGAGGAGCAGCGGCGCUCCGGGGCUGUCCUCCUGCACGUGCUCGGAAUGGGCUACAUGUUCGUCGCGCUGGCUAUAGUCUGUGACGAAUUCUUCGUCCCGUCGCUGGACGUGAUCAUAGAACGCCUAGCGAUCAGAGACGACGUGGCCGGGGCCACGUUUAUGGCGGCGGGCGGCUCGGCUCCGGAGCUGUUCACCUCCGUGAUCGGCGUGUUCGUCUCGUUCGACGACGUAGGGAUCGGGACGAUCGUGGGCUCGGCCGUGUUUAACAUCCUGUUCGUGAUCGGUGCGUGCGCGUUGUUCUCCCGCACGACGUUGACUCUGACCUGGUGGCCACUGUUCCGCGACUGCAGCUUCUACUCCAUCAGUUUGCUGGUGUUGAUAUACUGUUUCCGGGACAGCCUGAUCUACUGGCAGGAGGCGCUGGUGCUGUUUUCGCUGUACGGCGCGUACGUGAUGUUCAUGCGGUGGAACCAGCAGGUGGAGCGCGCCGUGAAGAAGGUCGUCUACAAGAAUAAGGUGACGCGCGUCCGCAGCACGGAUCAGCUGAUGCCCACGCACCAGACCGCCGCUCAAACCUUGCACGGCAACGCGACGACAUCGAGCGAGACGUCAGUGGGCACGAACACCGCGGCCGCGGGCCCGAGCAAGCAGCCGGCAGCGAAGUUCCGCCACGGGCUGCUGCAGCUCAUGAUACACACUAUCGACCCGAUGCACGACGGUGAGUUAGGCAAAGUGGACGAGAAAGCAACGCAACUACACGCCAUCGCGUCGCUAAAGGUGCUGCUGGAGGCCACGAAGCCGGCGGCGGGCGGGGCGGGCGCGGCGUCGGCGCGGAACUCGGCCGCCGUGGCUAAGGAGACGCCGCUCGACCUGCCCAACGGCGGCGUGCAGGAUGUACAUUUAGAUGCUAUAGAAGAGAUAGGGGACCUGGAGGAGGACACGACGCCAUUGGACAUGUCGUGGCCCUCCGGGUUCCGCAAGCGACUGACCUACCUGUUGGUCGCGCCCAUAGUCUUCCCAUUAUGGAUCACUCUCCCGGACACUAGGACUCCGAGAGGGAAGAAUCUAUUCCCCCUAACGUUUAUAGGAUCCAUAGUAUGGAUCGCGUUCUUCUCCUACCUCAUGGUGUGGUGGGCCAACGUGGCCGGCGCGACGGCGUACGUGCCCCCCGAGGUGAUGGGGCUCACGCUGCUGGCGGCGGGCACGUCAGUGCCGGACCUCAUCACGUCGGUCAUCGUGGCGAGGAAGGGGUUUGGAGAUAUGGCGGUCUCUAGCUCCGUGGGCAGCAAUAUUUUUGAUGUCACUGUUGGGCUACCACUGCCGUGGCUGCUAUACGGACUGAUCAAUGGGCAGCCAGUGGAAGUCAACUCCAAGGGUAUGGUAUGCAGCAUUGUGCUGCUCUUCGCCAUGCUGCUGUUUGUCAUCAUGAGCAUCGCGUGCUUCAGGUGGAAAAUGAACAGAGGGCUCGGAUUCACGAUGUUCCUGCUGUACUUCGUGUUUGUGGCCGUCAGUCUCAGCCUCGAGUACGGCUACCUCCACUGUCCUAGCGAGUAAGAACGUUCCAGAACUUUCUGUAACAAUCGAGAAUAUUGGAGAACAAUCAAGAGGAUUAACAAAAGUCACUUCAGCAAUAGGCAAUAGAAAAACCUCAAAUCAAUUGGACUAGAAUAUAAGAAAGAACAUAACCAAGUAACCAAGCCCUCCGUGCGAAGUCAGUGGCCGAGAGUGCAUAAGCGAAAAUAAUUAGAUUUGUUCCCUAUUUGAACUAGAACUUGUUAUAGAGCAUUUAAAGAUUGUGAUAGUUCAAUUGUUGGGGUGCUUACCAUAUGAUCGAUGGAACUGUGUAAUCUCAACUCAUUCACUGCUAAGCUAUAGUCGUAGCGCUACGUUGUAGUCGCUAACAUGGAUUAUACUACAUAUUAAAACGAUGGUAUGACGUAAUACGCUGAAUGGGUUAAGAUAUAUAGAUCAAAAAAGCUCCGUGGAAUAACAGAAAAGUAGCCAAUAUUGAAAAUAGAAAUGUAAUAGCAGAAGUGACUUGUGUUGCAAUCAUUUGGCACUGAUUUUAAUAAAGGAAGUUGUUUUGAUAAAAGGAAAUCAAUUGGUCCAACAUGCAUUCAAAACAAUAGGGAACUAGACGUUUGAUGUGAACUAGAUCUGUAUACAUAUGUUCAGUCCAGUUAUGUUAGUUCAAUUUGUUUAUAUUCCAUGCAUGUCAAAGCACAAACGGAAUGUUGUUAAAUUGCUCAAAUUCACAUUAUUAUUUGUAAUUGCCUUUGCUUUAUAAUUGUAGUAUACGUUACGCUUAGUUUGUAAACAAGAGAGACAUGAGCACCAAAGGAGUCCAAUAUUCAUUCUUUGCAAUAGAAUGAAGGCGUGUAUUAGGAUAGUAUAGAAAUCCUAUUCGAAUGCAAUAAUAAGCGUAGGCUACUGGUUUUAAAUGGCUGAUUACGCGUAAGUUGCUGGCAGCAUAUUGAGUGUCUCUUUCUUGCAAACCUGAAAAAUAACUCAUAACGUGAGACCAAGUAUCUGCCAGCAGGGCGCUAAGGCUGUGUACAGAUUUGCAAUCGGUGCAAUCGGCUAGUCAUUUUUUGUAUCAAAAUUGUAAAUUUAAAGGAGUAGCCACACUAGAGACUGUAGAUAUUUAUAUGAAUGUUAGAGGUUCAUUAACCGUUGAAUAAAGGCGCUUUUAUGAUGCCGUUAGCGUUAUUGCUAAUUUCUAAUAUAUUUGAUAGUACGUGUCAGCUAUUAUUGUGCGUAUGUUUUGUACAUAUUGUUUAAGAGCGUUAUGUUGGGUCCGGGACCCGAGUCCACGUUUAUUUCGGGAGUGUUAUAGUGCGCACGGAGGUUGUACAUAGCGUAGUUCGGAGCGGGGCAAAUGGGUAAGAUAACGCAUUCCAUAAAAUGUGCCUAAGAGUUCGUAGGAGCUCCUUUACAUUGUUAGCUUCGUGUAUAUUCAAUACAAUGUUGAUUCGUAAAUUUCAUCUAAUAGCAAUUAAAUACGGUUUAUAUAAUAGUGCUACACUUCAUGGCGCAUUUGUCCCGCUCUUCGGUAGUUAGAUUUUUACACUAUCCUUAAUGGUCGUUAUUUUCCUCUCUAUCUUCAACUAUACUCAACUACGGAUUUGUAUGUGCAAGAGCAGUCAAUUCUUAAAAUAAUCUGAAGUAUUUAAAAGUUAUAGUUAUGGUUGGUCUUGAAAGAAGGUCUAACGAUAGGUGUCUUUAUAUUGGUCUUAUAACGGAACUACGGCGAUGGUUAAAAUAUUAGACCACGCACACGUCACGCAAGAGGUGUGCCGUCUCUCAUAAGGAUCCGUAUAUUAAAACGCGGAAGUCUACGCACACGCAUCCAGUAUGUACAGGUCUUAAGGGUUUUUGAUUUCGUAUGCCGUAGUGUCGUGACGUUAUAAGAUCUAUUAUAAAGUUUUGUGACCUUAUGUACCUGCCGAGAGAUGGUCUUACAAGUUACAAAUAUACAAAAUAACCGUAUAAACAAUUAUAAUGCUGUAAUGUAAAGUAGGCAAACUGGCAAAAAACGAAAACAAUAUGCGAAUUAAUCAAAAAGUAUAGUAACCAAAAGCGGUACUUUCGUGAGAAGAGGUAUUAUACCUUCUGUCGGUUUGAUGACUAUUUAAAAGUAUUAUUAAAAGGCAAACAAAACGUAGAAGAAACGUGUCCGUAUGUAGGCUGUGAUAAAACAUGAUGAAUAAAUCCCAAGGAAAAUUAUAAAAUCACCAAGAUAAAAUUAGUUCUUAGGCGGAACGUGAAAUAGUGACGAACACUACAUUAGAAUACUAAACAGAUUUAAGAACCAAGUAAUGAACAUGUCACAAACGCCGCUUGUGGUACAGUUGGCCUUGAAUUACCAACGUAAAACACAGACUACACAGACACCGUAUUAUGAGGCACUCACAAAGAGCACGAGGUCAUCACACAUAAGUGCAAUUUAUUUGUUAAAUCCUACUAUUCAAUGUGUGCAUAACGAAGUUAUAUUCUAAAACACUUUAUACUAUAACAGCCAAGGUACACACUAUUAAAGCAUAAUUUUUGAAAGUAAUAAUUAGUCGAGCACUGAUCGUAAAUGUUAGUGCAUGUGAAAUAAGCGUUAUACUAAAAUUCAGGGUUAUUACUGCACGAGGCCAUGCGCUUGGCGAGGAAUAGAAGCCUAUGGAGGAACCUGGUCUUCAACAGAAGGACAUGAUGUCACGAUCCUCAGCAUUGAGGGACCGACUGAAGGAGAAGAAGACAAAUCGUACGUGAGCGCUUAUGUGCGGUGACCUCGAUUGUCUGUGCUCAGUCUAGAGUUGAAGUAGUAUGUGCCUAUAAAUUUGCAAAACUUGUAAAGGUAUAUAUAUACCUGUAGCUUUCCUGACUGUUUUAUUUCGCUGGAGCAAACUUUAAGACCACUUCUCGAUAUAUCAGGGGCCUAUUUCUCGAACUAUAUUAUGCUAAUAUAAUUAAUUAGUGUGUUGUCAUGGAAGCCCAUGCGAUUUGACUAUUUGUGGAUUCAUAAUAUUAGUCUAAUACCCUUUCGAGAAAUGGGCCUCAGGCACCUAUUAUUAUUAGUCCACGAACUGGGGCCAAUCUCUCGAACGGUAUUAGUCAAAUAUUAUUAAUGUAUUGCCAUGGUAACACAUACGACUUGAUAGUUCGUAGACUAAUAAUAUUAGUCUAAUACCGUUCGAGAAAUGGGCCCCUGUCAAGUCGUAUGGGUUACCACGGCAACACACUAAUAAUAUUAGUCUCAUAGAGUUCGAGAAAUGGCCCCAGGUAUCGCGGAUUAGUGUCAGUUCUAUAAUAAAUAUUCGUUGUUUCUUCGAACAUUCGCUUCAAAUUCCUUUUAUAUCUAACCAAUGAUAGAAAGUUUGUAAUGUUUUGUAAAUUCAACUGUUGAUAUCCCACAAAGUUUUGUAUUGAUAACCCGCCUAUUUGACAUAGCAAUAAAUAGACUAGAAUAGGUAGUUAAAUAUUUAUAUUGAUAAGCUUUAACAACUCAGACCAUUGCGUAGCGGUCAUGUGGUAACCAUUAACUGACCUCGGGAAUCAGAUUUAACACUGAAUGCGCACAAAUCCCAAAGUCAUUCGCUUCAUAAAAUUGACACCGGUUUUAUAAAAAAAGAAAAAAAAUGUUUAUUUGCUAAAUAAAACGACAUAUCGAUAGGUACUGGAAAAUCGAGUAGGUCAUAAUCUGUGAUAGAGGCAUGCUUAUGACGUAUUUGUAAAGAGAUUAAUAGAAACGGAUCAUUCACCUCACUUACUGUAAAUAUUUGAAUACGGGUAAGCUUGUAUUUGAUCAACUUCUGUAGUUCGCUUAGCGCCGCUCGGUCCAAACAGUUUCAGACGUGGCAUUGAUAGCAUUCUAUCAUAUCAUGACGGGCCUUCCGGGCACUAAGAAUGGUGCUAGCCCAGUGGUGUCACUCACGAAUUCGAGCGAAUCGUGCAGUCUAACGCAACUAGUUGCGACCAAUCGCGCGCGUGAUGCCAACUCAUCAACCAAUCGCGUUGUGGCGUGAGACUGCACGAUUGGCUCGAAUUCGUAUGCGUGGCGUGGCACGCUGUACUGGCCCCAUUCUUAUUGCCCGUAAGGCCCGACCUUAGAUUUGACAGGUUUUGCUUGUACACGAUUCAUAUUGCGCGUAAAAACAAAAUAUAAACAAUUGCACCUCAUACACUAACAUAAAUAUUUAUUACGACUUGCUGGAAAAUAUUGCAAGAAGAAACUUUAUAUUAGAGUUCAUUCUCUUUGAUAAAACCAACUAACACUUGAAUUAGACUUGUAUUAUACUGCCUAAAGUGAAGUCCAAUAGAAAUUGCAAAUAAUUUAAACACACCAAUUUACCUUCAAUUCGUAACCACGCACUGUUUGACGACGAUCAUGAUCUUAUCAAAGUUAAAAUAUAUAUUACGUAGUUACUUAAUAAUAUUUCAGUUAAUCAAAAUUCUCAAUGAAAAUUUUAAGUUAGACGUCAAAUGCCAAUAAAAGCUGUCAUAUUUGUUUAUAUUAUUUGCUUUUUCUUUUGGACUUCAGAGGCCCAAUUUGACUCAAAAAACUCAGGUGGCUAAGUUAUAACGGGGCCUAUUUGGGUCCAGAUUAAAAAACAGGCCUAUCCUCUGAAACUGAAACUGUUCGACUUUCAAGUGGCAACUCUUUACGACUAAUCUAAGGUUCCAAUGAUCUUUGCUAUAUACUCUUACGAGAUUUAAGAUUCGGUGAUAUACAAUUUCGAGUUAGAUGCUAGUAGCAUUCAAAAUAUCCUUUUACAUACUUACGUGUAGUAAUUGUGUAAGCACAAAGUACCAAAAUGUGUACGUCUGUACGUGAGCCUUACGCUACACAUUCUAUAUGCUAAUAUAUAUACUAUUUUACACUAGAUUUCUAUCUAUCUCUUGUAAUAUAAGUAGAAGUUUGUAAUUUAUUCAUCCUUCCAUGAUUGUUUCUAGUGGUAAACGUUGAUGGCAGGAGUUACUAUCGGAUACAAUUUGAAUUUGACGUGAAGUUUCUAUGCAAAUUAAACUCAGGUAACUUUAGUCGACGACUUACAACUAUAGUCCAAAUUCAAGUUCCAGUGAAAUAUCUAUAAAUAUUAAUUUUCAACAAGCAGAAACGCCUGCGAACGAUGCUAUUAAUCUUAGAAUAAAAAUUACUGCCUUAGAUGAGACUUGAACUCAGAGUCUCUGUUUUUUCCACGCUAUAUACGCCAUAUGGUGGGAAAAUUCGCUGGCUAUAGAUGAGGUCUUGGUAGCUCAGUUGGCAGAGCGCUGGAGUAUCGAUCCAGAGGCCGUGAGUUCAAGUCUCAACCAAGGCAGUAAUUUUUCGACUUUAAAAUUUAUUCUAAGCUUAAUAGGAUCGUAAUUUUUCCUCUUUCAGAUGCUUAAAUAUUUUUCAAAUUAUGUUGAGUAGGUAUCUAAUAUAGAAAAAGCAUUAGUAUUUCUGAGCUCCCAAAUAAUUGUAACGAGUACGAAUCAAAAAGGCUCGUUAAUAAUCAACGUUAAAACUGGACCAUAGUCGUAUUAUAGGACUAUCGUUACCUGAGUUUAGGCCUAAGAUACACUUGUCAGUUUUACUUACGUAAGUAGGGCAAAACUAUUUCUUAGAAAGAGAUAAUGAUAUUCAUCUCUCAUUCUUGACUACGUAAGUAGAACUUACAAGUGUAUAUUUUAGACCUUACGGUAUGGAAAAAUUAGGUAUACGAAUGUAUCUUGCACCAGCUCUUGUGAAUUGAUAUAUAAGUGUCUUGAGUCUGGUGAAAUUAGGCACUAUAAUUGUUAAUAGUUUGUUAACGUACAGUCACAGACAUUAAUUGUACAUUUCAUCCCGUUAGUAUUAACAACCAAAUUAGCUUGAACCCUAAUUGCCCCCCCCCCCCCCUUAUUCAUAAACGUCUACUAAAGUUGACAAGCCGCUAAUAAUCGUUUGUCCCUUUCCAUCAUACCGAUACGUCGGAAAGGGACAAACGAUUAUUAGCGGCUUGUCAACUUUAGUAGACAUUUAUGAAUAAGGGGGUUAAAAAAGUCUGUGACUGCACAAUGAAAUAAAAACCUAACAUAGAAGCUGGAAGGUUAUUACGACUAGAGAAAAAUUAUAAAAUUGUUUUAGCAAAUAUAUAUAUUAUAACACAAAUAACCUUUAAUGAUUAUGGGAGAUCUAGUAAAAUGAUUGGAAGGCACUUUCUUGAUAUCACAACAUUAUUUAUUGUUGAUUUUUGACAUAGUUAUAUAAUAAUUAGGUACAUGUCUUUUAGACAGUUGGACGAAGAGUGAAUGCUCAGAUUUGAAUGUCUAUGAAUUCAAAUCUGAGAUUCUAUAUUUAAAAUUAGAAUGUCAAGCUCGAGUCGACUGUUAAUCAAACCUCUUCACACUAACAAACCCUGGUCAAGAAAAUUAUCUAUUUGCUAGAGUGAAAUAAUAAAAGUAGAUAUCGUCUCUAUAGUUGCUGUCGGUUCCUGUUCUAGCACGUUCUGGGGUGAGAUAAGCAUAUUUAAAAGGGUCACCAGUUAUAUAAUGCGUAAAAAUGCUUUGAUUAAUUUUUUUGUAGUACUAAAAACACUAAAAGCUAUCAGGGGGCGUAGCGAACUAAACGCCUCUUUCUCUCUAUUGCACUAAUAUGAAAGAGCUAUAGUGAUUACCGUUUCGUUUGCUACGGCGUAAACGAUUGUCAACUUGGCUAGGCCCCCAGUACUGAUCUGAAGGCCAUUCAGGGUAAGAUUUCACCAGGCUCGAGUCACCAGAGUGACUGGGAACCAUAUCAUGCAGCGAACUUCUCAAAGUAGCCACAUCAAACUUGCAUUCGUUCUAACCAACCGCACAAGCCGAUAUAGACGUCAUUAAACGCUCCGUUAUUUUCGUGCGACGUGAAAAGACGUUUGUAGGAACUGAUUGUAUGAAGGUACAAAUGUCGUUCGAGUUGACCUAUAUUGGCUAUCAAUUAUGAAAUGCUAAAGUAAAGUUACGUCACUAAAAUAACGGAGUUAAACCCAAACAACUGACGAGUGAUGGAGUAAGUCGUGUAUUCUGUGACUCGAAAGUUUCAAUUGCAUUUUUAGAGAGUUGGAGAAACGCGCAUUUACUCUAACGCUCUUCGGAGAAUUUAACGUUUCAAAGAUUUGUUAUAAAUUCUAUUUAUUAAAUGUAAGAGUUGAAAUUACUUGGGUGAUAUGCCGCCCUAAUACACUAUAAAUCUUUGUAGUAUAAGAUAGGCUUAAAAGCUAUCAUUAUAUUUAAAAAUAUUAAUAAACGAAAAUUUAAAUAUGAUAUUCAUGUAGAGAUUGUUACUAGAGUGAUGAUUUUUAUAUAAAAUUAUGAUAUAGUUACGAGGAUAUGUGCAUCGCUGCCCGGGUGCGGGAGUGAACACCAGGUCAGAUAGCCAUAAUAAUCAGCUUUAAGCAAGCUCGCGGGCAGCGGGGGGGCACUGUCGUUUAUUUGUAGCUGAUUCAGUUUGAAUUCGAGAAACUGAUAUCACUUGGCUGAAUAUGGAACGACUUUUAGACCACUAUAAUUUUGUAUUAAUUUGGUCUUGUCUUUUCUAAUGGACAAAGAAAUAAGUCCAAAUGCCUUUUUAAGUCUAUAAAUGCCUUAAAUAAUAUAAUAAAACAAAAAAAUCAUGGAAAUUGUGACAUGGAAUGGAAUGCUGGCCACAAAUAACUGUUUGGUUUUUUUUAUGAUUUUUUUCUAAAUACGUGGAUGUAAAGCAAUAAAAAUAUAUUCUCCAUAAUCAUUUGGUACGUAUAGUACAGUCAAGGAAAUUGAUUCUUUAGCAGGUUGUGGUUCACUUUACACUGGAAAGCUCAUAGCAUAAGUAUGUACUACCAAAUUUACUUGAACCGCAAAUUGCUAAAGAAUCAAUUUCCUCGACCGUACAUACUUAUUCACCAGUAAUAAAUAUUAUACAGUAUAUUUCUUAUAUUUAGUCGCCAUUGGAAUUAACCGUGUAACAUUAAUUAUAUAACUCGAACGUAAAAAAUCCAAGAUGUUACUCGAAUUCAAGAGCUCAGCGUAGAUUGUUAAUAGUGAUAUAAAAUAUACAAAAUAAGUACUUCAAACCUAAAAAAUGUUAUUAUUUCAAUAAUGUAGGUAAGAUAAGUUACAUCAUGUUGGAGGCAAAUGAAGAUCUGCUCUACCCUGUUACAGGGGCGCUGUCGACUUUACAUUGGUAUUGGAAUAAAUGUAUUUAUUUACUGUCUGAUAAGUUGGUAGACAUGGACUUUUUUCGUUAAUUAGGUAGACGGGUGUUGAUUAAACAUUAUUCAACCAAUUUUUAUUUGCAAUCAAGAAUUAUUCACGACAAUAUUUAUUCCUGGUUCACGAAUUAACUUGGUAAUUGAAUAAUAGCAAACAAUUAUUCAAUUAUACAAUUAUUUAUAAGCUAUUUUUUCCAUUAUACGUAAUUGAUAAUGGCUUAUCUUUUUUUAUAAAUGCCUUAAUUAUUUUUGAUUUUAUUAUUGUUUAUAUAAUAUCGAUAUAAAGUCGACAUGGCGUUAGGAUCAGGCGACUGGUUGGUUACUUUAAAUCGGCACAUUAUUGUGAUUUUGAUGGAGCAGUAUUAUUAUACAUUUUAUUAGUAGCUUUGAGCUAGUUAAUUUGUAAUUUACGGCGAUUUGUGAAACACCCUGUAUUUGUCACGUGUGUUCAGUAAAAGUUGUAAAAUAAGCACAAGUUCAUGUACAAAUAUUUGUUGUUUUUAUAACUUUUUGUAGAUUAUUUUUAUUAUGUGGAUAAUUAUAUAGUAUUUUUCGUUAAUGUAAUAGGAAGGCGUGUGUAUAUAGGGUGUUUUACAUCCUGUGCUAUAAUGAUUGUGUAAUUUAUACUUAUUGUUGCUCUUGUCAAAGCUUUUAAUGAUUGUUAAUGAUUACAAAUGUGAUAGUCAUAGCAUAAAAGAAUGAGUAACAUUUUAUACUACGAUCAAAUUAUUUUGUUCGCUGUAUAAAAGGUUGUUUAUAUUUUUUAUGAUAAUAGUUCAAACUCACUAGUUUACCAGAUUCUAAAGUUUAUAGGUUUUUUAUUUAGUGUAUUGUAUUGUUUUGUAUAAUUUCGUCGUCUAAGAGCAUUGGCGUGCCCGCGCGUCGUUUGUCGGCGGUAUUAUGAAAAAUUACAAUAAAAAUAAUAAAAUAGUGA